AUGGCCGACACGGCCACAUUAACCUCCACGGUCUCCCACUUCCGCAACCACCAAUGGGCCAACUCCCUCAUCUCCUCCUCAGACUACACCCCCAUCCCAACAGACUCCCGGCGUCCCAAACCCAGCGGCGAAGACGGAUUCUUCGGCGCAACGAUAGCCACACCUUCCACAAUUCCACACGUCCUAACCCUUCAACGCCGCCAACUGAACACCCCACUCUCCGAACCACCCGUCUGGCUCCCCGCAACGAAGCAAGAUGCCGCCGCAAGCACAACGCCCACGCCAGGCGCCAAUCCCGCGGAUAUCAUCAUGAUAUAUGACCUGGGAGGUUCGGGGAUUGCGGGGCAUCCGUCGACCGUGCAUGGGGGUGUUGUCGCGACGAUGAUUGACGAGGCGAUGUCGCUGGCUGUGGCGGCGCAUGCUUCGGCGCCAGCGCCGGCGGGUGUGGGGGCUGUGGAUAAGAAUCCGAGGGGGAAGACGUUUACGGUGCAGUUGGAUGUGAGAUAUAAGAAGCCUGUGACGACGCCGCAGGUGUUGGUUGUGAGGGCUAGGGUUGUUGCGCGGGUGGGGAGGAAGUAUUGGGUUAGGGCGCAGGCGGUGCAGGAGGAUGAGGCUGGUGCGGGGGGACAUUUGGAGUGGGCGAAGAGGAAGGUUGUUAAGAUUGAUGCUAUGGCUUUUUGGAUUGUUACGCCUGAGGGUCAGCAGAAGUUGUAG